AUGAAAAUCAAUUCUCCUCCUCCAAAUUGUCCAGAUGACAAAGAGCUGAAGGCCUUCCUUAUGGCCAUGAAUCGCCAAAUGAAGACUGACAAGAGUUUAUUUGGAAACUCCAACGGUCUUCCUGUGGCCAUUACUGUGUCGGCCGGAGAUAUUGUCGAUGACUUGUUCCACAAUCCUGGCGAGGAGUCGAAAUUCAUGCAGGGGUCCACUCGCGGGGAUGCUGAACUCACGCUUUUGUCUAGUCAUAAAGACGAUUGAUUGUAUGUUGGAUGUCUUGGCUGCUUUCCCCCAGCCCACGUCCUAUAUUUCUCGGCGGCCUAACGCUGGU